GCUUCCUGGACUUCCUGGAAGUCUAUUUCCUUUGCCAGAUUGGGGAAGUUCUCCUUUAUUAUUUGUUCAAGUCAGUUUUCAAUUUCUUGGUCUUCCUCCUCCCCUUCUGACACCCCUAUGAUUCGAAUGUUGGAAUGUUUAAAGAUGUCCUGGAGGUUCCUAAGCCUCUCCUCAGUUUUCUUAGUUCUUGUUUCUUCAUUCUGUUCUGGUCUAAUGUUUCUUUCUUCCUUCUGCUCCAAACUGUUCAUUUAAAUCCUGGUUUCCUUCCUGUCACUGUUGGUUCCCUGUAUAUAUUUCUUUAUUUUACUGUUCAUAGUCUUCAUAUUUUCCUCUAAUUUGUGACCAUAUUCAACCAAUUCUGGGAACAUCCUCAAUACCAGUGUUUUGAACUCUGCAUCUAAUAGGUUGGCUAUCUCUUCAUCACUUAGUUGUAUUUUUUAUGGAGCUUUGAUCUGCUCUUUCAUUUGUGCCAUUUUGUAUUGUCUCCGCAGGGCUGCUACAUAGUAGUGGGUGGAGCCCUUGGUACUUACCAGGGCAGGGUAACCCACAUUGCUGCAUUGAGAUGCUAUAUUUAAGGGAGGGGUCAGAGAGGGAACAGUGCCACUUGCUCUGCUCUCUGAUAGUUUUCAGUCACUUCCCCCACUACCCACAAUUAAAUUAGGCUCUUCUGGUGCUGAUUCCCAAGUGAGUGAGUUUGUGUACAUUCUAGGACCCAGCGGGUCUCUCCAAUGAACUCCCCUGUUAAGUUGGGAGUUUCUUCUGCUGCUGCCUCAACCCCACAGGUGUUUUCCAUUAGAGACUUUGAAGCUUUAUUUACCCUCACUGGAAUCCUAGGUUUCAUGGUCUGUCUCGCUCCCCAAUUGUUCCUCUCGGUUUAUAUGCAUGCAUAUGUAGGACUGCCCAGUCUGCAAACCACCACCUCACUCAGUCCUCCAGCUGAUGACUUGCCAUGGGUCCUCUUUACCCUAGCCACCCAUCUCCACCCCUACUACCAGUCUGGAUGAAUAUUUCUUCUUUAACUCCUUGGUUGUCUAACUUCCAUACAGUUUGAUUUUCUGUAAGUUCUGGUUGCUUUUUGUUUUUAAAUUUGUUGUUGUCCUUCUUUGGUUGUGUGAGGAGACACAGUAUGUCUACCUACUCCUCCAUCUUGGCUGAAAGUCUGAAGCAAAUUUUGAUGGACAUAAAGGGAAAGAUUGACAGAAAGAGUCAUAGUUAGGGAUUUCAACAACCCAUUGACUUCAAUGGAAAAAUCUUCCAGACAGAAAAUCAACAAGGAUACAUUGGCCUUAAAUGACACACUAGAUCAAAUAGAUUUAAUUGAUAUCUUCAGAGCAUUUCAACCUAUACUUAUCAAGUGCACAUGGAACGUUUUGUAAGAUUGACCACAUGCUAGGACACAAAACAAAUCUCAAUAAAUUUGAGAAGAUUUAAAUCAUAUCAAGCAUCUUUUCUGACCACAAUGCUAUGAAACUAGAAAUCAAUCACAAGAAGAACACUGAAAAAAACACACAAAGACAUGAAAGCUAAAUAUCAUGUUAUUAAACAAUGAAUGGGUCAACAAUGAGAUCAAGAAAGAAGUCAAAAGGUAGCUUGAAACAAAUGAAAAUGAGGAUGAACCAAUCCAAAAUCUGUGGGACAUGGGAAAGCAAUCCUAAGUGAAAAAUUCAUAGCAUUACAGGUCUAUCUCAGAAAACAAGAAAAAGCUCAAAUAAACACUCUAACUUCACACUUAAAACAACUUGAAAAAGAACAGCAAAGUCCAAAGUGAUUAGAAAGAAGAAAAUAAAAAUCAGAGCAGAAACAAAUUAAGUAGAAUCUUAAAAAAUGAUACAAAAGAUAAUGAAUUCAAGAGAUGGUUCUUUGUAAAGAAAAACAACAUUGCCAAACCCUUAACUAGACUCAUUAAGAAAAAAAGAGGAAGAUUCCAAAUAAAUAAAAUUAGAAAUGAAAAAGGAGAAAUAACAACUCACACCAAAGAGGUACAAGGGAGACUGUAAGAAAGUAUUAUGAACAACUGUGUGCCAACAAACUGGACAACCUGGAUGAAAUGGAUAAAUUCCUAAAAACAUACAGCCUUCCAAAACUAAAUCAAAAACAAUCAGAGAAUCUGAAUAGACAGAUUACACCCAGUGAAAUUGAAGCAGUAAUCAAAAUACUCCCAACAAAUAAAAGCCCUGUGCCAGUUGGCUUUGCAUGUGAGUUUAACCAAACAUUCUGAGAACUAACCUAUCCUUCUCAAACUAUUCCAUGAAAUUCAAAAGGAGGGAAGACUCCCAAACUCAUUUUACCAAGCCAACAUUAUCCUAAUUCCAAAAUCAGAUAAGAAACAACAAAUAAAAUUAUAGGCCAACACCCCUGAUGAACUUAGACUCUAAAAUCCUCAACAAAAUAUUAGCAAACCAAAUACAGCAAUACAUCAAAAAGAUCAUGCACCAUGACCAGCUGGUAUUUAUUCCAGGAAUGCAAGUUUGGUGCAACAUUUGCAAAUCAAUAAAUAUGACUCACCACAUAAACAAAAUGAAGAAUAAAAUAUCACAUGACCUUAUCAAUAUAUGCAGAAAGAACAUUUGAUAAAAUCUAUGACACAUUUAUGAUUAGUACUCUCAGCAAAGUGGGGUUAGAGGGAACAUACCUAAACAUAAUAAAGGCCAUAUAUGACAAACCCACUGCCAGCAUCAUACUAAAUGAGCAAAAACUACAAGCAUUCCCCUUAAGAUUGGGAACAAGACAGGGAUAUGCACUUUCACCACUCGUAUUCAACAUAGUGAUAGAAGUCCUAGCCUCAGCGAUCAGACAAGAAGAAGAAAUAAAAGGCAUCCAAAUUGGAAAGGAAGAAGUAAAAACUAUCUUUAUUUGCAGAUGACAUGAUACUGUACAUAGAGUACCCCAAAGAGACUAUAGUACCCCAUAGAGUCCACCAAGAGACUACCAGAACUGAUCGAUGAAUUAAGCAGAGUAGCAGGAUACAAAAUUAAUAUCCAGAAAUCAUUUGCAUUUUAUAUGCCAGUAACAAAUAGAUAGGGAAGUUAAGAAAACAAUCCCAUACACAAUCAUUAUAAAAAGAAUGAAAUACCUAGGACUAAAUCUAACCAAGGAUGUAAAAGACCUGUACAUGGAAAAUUUUAAGACAUUAAAGAAGGAAAUAGAAUGGAUAGUCUCCCUGUUAAGCUUCAGGAGCCCACCCACCACUGCCCAACUCACUGUUGCAUCAAUCAAUGCUACUGAAGGGGACGAUGUGCUUCUCCUUGUCCUCAAUCUGCCCGAGAACCUUAUAGGCUAUGGCUGGUACAGAGGGGAAAGUGUGGACAACAACCGUGUAAUUGCAACAUAUGUAAUACACACUCAAGAAUUUACCCCGGGGCCUGCCCACAGCAGUCGAGAGACCAUAUACCCCAAUGGAUCCCUGCUGCUCCAGAACAUCACCCUGAAGGACACAGGAUACUACACCGUACAAGCCAUAAGGAAAACUUUUCAGAAGGAAGAAGCAAAGGGACACCUCCGUGUGUACCAGCCCGUGGGGAAGCCCUUCAUCCAAGCCAGGAACACCGCUGUCACAGAGCAUAAGGACACUGUGGUGCUGACCUGCCUCACAAAUGACACUGGGAUCUCCAUCUGGUGGUUCUUCAGGGACCAGAGACUCCUGCUCACAGAAAGGACAAAGCUGUCCAGGGACAACAGCACCCUGAUCAUAGAGCCUGUCAGGAGGGAGGAUGCUGGGAGCUAUCAGUGUGGGGUCUCCAACCCUGUCAGUGCCAGCAAAAGUGACCCCUUCAGGCUGGGUGUACAAUAUGUUUCGACACCACCAAGUCCUGGCAUCUCAGGUGGGGCCAUUGCCGGCAUUGUGAUUGGAGUCCUGGCCGUGGUAGCUCUGACAGCAGCCCUGGUGUACUUUCUGUAUAUCAAGAAGACUGGAGGGUUCACUCUGCCAACUCACCUCACAAGAUCCAUGACUUUGAAAAAUCUUCCCUUGACUUCAAUGCCCAAGAAUUAAAGAAACCAACUUCAGCCUCCCCAUCCCCAACAGCCACAGAAAUGGUUUCUUCAGAAGUGAAAAAAAGAAGUAAUGCAACCUGCCCUGCUUGCUGCGUUGCUGGCUUACCCCAAGCUUCUCAUCCCCAUAACCAGGAGAUCGCUUUACCCUCAGGGAAAGAGAGAAGAAGCCUCUUCUCCCCACCCUCAUUUCACACACUCCUGAGACAGCUCCAGGCUCCUGGUCACAGGCCUUCAGUGUCCACAAAUGAAAAGGCACAUCGGGGUCUGUAGCAAGCCCAACCUACCUUGUCAUUGAAAUUGGCUUGUUAAUAUGUACUACAAUCAACAAAGUCUAAGAUGGUUCUUUAAAAAGUGAACAUCUGUUGAUUAGGUUCCUGUCAAAGGUGAAAUCAUAUGGUAUUUUGUCUUUCACUACCUGGCUUAUUUUGCUUAGCAUAGUGCUUUGCAGUUCCACCCAUGCUGUCACAAAGGGUAGAAGCUCCUUCUUUUCGUCUUCUGCAUAGAAUUCCAUUGUGUAAAUGUACCAUAGUUUUUUUAUCCAUUCAUUUAUUGAUGGGCACUAGGUUGCUUCCAGCACUUGGCUAUUGUACAUUGUGCUGCUAUGAACAUGGGGGUGCAUAAGUUCUUUUGGAUUAGUGUUUCAGGGUUCUUAGGGUAUAAUCCCAGCAGUGGAAUUGCUGGGUCAAAAGGCAGAUCCAUUUUUAGUUUUCUGAGAAAACUCCAUACUGUUCUCCAUAGUGAUUGCACCAGUCUGCAAUCCCACCAACAGUGCACUAGGGUUCUCUUUUCUCUAACCAACAAAGCAAACAAACAAGCAAAAUAUAACUAAAGACACUAUAAUUGAGAACAGGCUGACAGUGACCAGAGGGGAAAAGGAAGGGAAUUUCAGAGGAAAAGUGUGAAGGGUUUGCAGGAACAAUUAUAAAGGACACAUGGACGAUAAUGUGGGA